UACAUUACACUCAUGUUCACACCGACGGCAGUAAGAUGUCCGUGUCAUUUUUUAUUCAGUCUGUUGUUGCAAAAAUCAUAGGACUUUUCUUUGCAUGUUUGAUUAGCUUUUCAAUAUUUGUACAGUUUGUAAAAGGACCGAUUAAAUUCAUCAAACUGAAUGUGUUGAAGUUAAAAAAACGGAAUGUGAUGCCACCCUGCUUGAAUGAUCCAAGUCUUGGAAACCAUGACUUUGUCCAUCUUGAGGAUAUUCGGCUCCACUAUGUUGCUAGCGGCGAUGAGGGGAAGCCUUUGAUGUUGUUCCUGCAUGGUUUUCCCGAGUUUUGGUACUCAUGGAGGUUCCAGAUCAGAGAAUUCAGAAAGGAUUACAGAGUGGUGGCUGUAGAUAUGAGGGGAUAUGGAGAUUCGGACAAGCCAAAAGGAAAAGAUAAUUAUACAGUCCAGAAGCUUGCUGGCGAUAUUAAGCAGCUUAUUCCAGCACUAGGUUACGAAAAAUGUUUCCUGGUUGCCCAUGACUGGGGCGGGAUUGUGGCGUGGAAUUUCGCGUCAAACUACCCAGAGCUGGUGGAGAAACUCGUCGUUUGCAACUGUCCCCACCCUGCCAUCUUCGCUAAGUACAUGCGCUCAAACUUCGCACAGUUUAAAAAGUCAUGGUACAUGAUGUUUUUCCAAAUCCCUGUCUUACCUGAGUUUCUCCUUGGGAUGAAUGACUGUUCAUCCUUUGAGGCACUGCUGGGAAAGUGGAUGCCAAACAAUAAACCAUCAUCGGACGAUAUUGACGCUUAUAAAUACACAUUCUCCCCAAGAGAGUCAAGAACAGGUCCUAUAAAUUACUACCGUGCAGCGUUGAGCAAUGAGGUCCAGUACAAAAAAAAGAUCAGUGCCCCAACGCUAGUUAUAUGGGGUGACCCAGAUAAGGCUUUGGAUACGGAGAUGGCUGAGUUGAGCGGGGAAUAUGUAAAAAAUAUGAAGGUCAAGGUCAUAAAAAACAGCAGCCAUUUUGUAAUCACAGAUAGGCCUAAGGAGACCAAUGCAGCUAUAAGACAAUUCAUUGAGAACUAAAAUGAAUACGCGGAAUAUAUACAAUUUUCAUUGUAUUAAUAUUUAGGAAAGGGACUCUUUCAUGGUUAGGUCAGACACUUAUUACAACUUUUGUUUGAAAUGUGAAUAAAAUCCUUGGUUCAAUGAGUAAACAUCAAGCGCUCAAAAAUUGUUAAUAAUUUCUUAAACAUGUCACAGAAAAUGCUUUUUGUCUGUAUUUACAAAACACUGUUCAAUUGAGUAUCAGCUAAUUGCUAGAAUUAUGUUAUUUGUUCAUAAAAAAGUUUUAACCAUGGUGAGUGAGUCCAUUUAAAAAGGUUGUGUGUUAAUAUUUGCUCUUGUCUGCUCGUCCUUCUAGAAAUGUUAUGGCACGCUGCUUAUAUACCCUUUGAACUAGACUUCUGAUUUGUUGCGGAAUAUCUAUCGGUUCAGUAUACAUGGUGAGGAAUCACGUGCCUUCACGUGUCUUCAAGGGUUAUACCAAAAUUUCAGCGUUGCAUUGUUUUACAAAAUAUCGUCAAAUUGAAAUUUUGGCCAACGAUUGCGUUAUUUAAAUACAGACAAACCUAAAAUAUUUUCACCCGUGUUGACCCAUCGAGAACUCCUUGAAGUCACUUGAUUCCUCAUCCUGGAAUAGGAAGGUAGACAGCCUGUGGUUUCCUUGGUAUGACAAGAACAAUGACCACUCCUUUAAAACUGAGGCAUGUGUAACAUUUAAGAUUUGACCUAAGCUAAUACAAUUUUUAGCGCACUAUUCAGCAUUGCAAAAUGUUAACCUGGGCAAAAGGAGUUACGGUUUCGGACUUGGUAAAAAAUUAUGGCUUUUGGUUGUUUCUGUUAUAAAAAUUGAAUUUACUAGGCAAAUAAUGUCAA